AUGGAUUUCCACGAGAUCCCCGGCCAGGUCACUGUGUGGCUUGAUGCCGCCUCGCACACUUUCCAGCGAGUGCCUGGAUCGGCUGUUUUGAUUCGAUAUGUCCGGUCGAGCUACCAGAACGAUCCUAUUCGGUCGGCCAUCGAGCUGAUCCUCGUCCUCUUCUUUAUCCGCUACCUCCUCUCGCCGUCAUACUCGACCUCGAAGCAGAACUUCGUCAAGCUCACCGAGGAUGAAAUUGAUGAGCUGGUCGAAGAUUGGACUCCUGAGCCUCUUGUCGAGACUCUGACGCCCAUGCAAGAAAUCGAAGCCGACAGGCUCCCCGUUCUCGUCGGUCCUACAGGCCCUAAGGUCAAGCUGUCGUCCGGGCGCACUGUUGUUAACCUGGCUUCCUACAACUUCUACAACUUCAAUGCAAACGAGCUCAUCAAAGAGAAGGCAAUCCAGACACUCCGAACAUACGGCGUAGGCCCUUGCGGACCGCCUCAGUUCUACGGUACCCAGGAUGUCCACAUGAAGGCCGAGGCUGACAUUGCCGCCUACCUUGGCACCGGUGGCUGCAUCGUCUAUGCCCAGGCCUUUUCUACUAUCUCCAGCGUGAUCCCGGCUUUUUGCAAGCGUGGCGACGUCAUUGUGGCCGACCGUGCUGCCAAUUACUCUAUCCGCAAAGGCCUCGAUGUUUCCCGCAGCACCAUCCGCUGGUACAACCACGGCGACUUGAAGGACCUCGAGCUCCAGAUGAAGAAGGUCGCAGACGAGCAGGCCCGUAAGAAGAAGCUGACGCGUCGCUUUAUCGUCAUGGAGGCCGUGUCAGAGACUGUUGGCGAUGUCACGGACCUGCCGAAGCUGAUCGAACUCAAGGAAAAAUACAAGUUCCGCCUGAUUCUGGACGAAACCUGGUCCUUCGGCGUCCUCGGACGAACGGGCCGUGGCUUGACGGAAGCUCAGAAUGUAGACCCUUCGCAGAUCGACAUGAUUGUUGGCUCUCUCGCUGGUCCGCUGUGUGCCGGUGGUGGAUUCUGUGCCGGCGAGAAGGACGUGGUGGAGCACCAGCGCCUCAUGGCUGCAUCGUACACGUUCUCGGCAGCACUGCCGGCCAUGCUGGCCACGACGGUCAGCGAGACCAUCAACCUGCUGCAGACCAACCCCGAGAUCCUGCAGCAGUGCCGGGACAACAUCAAGACUAUGAAGGCACAGCUGGACCCGCGCAGUGACUGGAUCACUUGCACGAGCGCUCCGGAUAAUCCUAUCAUGCUGCUCGUACUCAAGCCGGACGUGAUUCGGAGUAAGAGGCUCACUUCAGAGGACGAGGAAAAGCUGCUUCAGGAGUGUGUAGACGAGGCUCUGGCCAAUGGUGUGUUGAUUACACGGCUAAAGACGCUUCCCAUCACCAGCUCCCAGAGUCCCAAGGAGGCAGCUGAAUGGACGGUGCGACCGGCUCUGAAGGUGUGCAUCACCGUGGGUUUGAGCAAGAAGGACAUUGAGAAGGCCGGCGUGACCAUCCGCCAUGCCAUAACUAAGGUAAUGACAAGGAAGGCCAGCAGCAAGCUGGGUCUCCCGGUUGUUGCAUAG